AUGGUGAUGGGGCCUCUGUGCGCCUGGUUUCUUUUGUUGGUCCCGCCUCGGACCAACCGCAUCGCGGCCUCUGUCCUCAGCUCCAGCCAGUUGGAAGCCUGCGUCAAUGAUGGCUCUGAGCAGAUGGACUGCGAGCUCAAGAUGGUCCUCACAGUCACCUUGGAGCAUGGCCAGCAAAGUACAGAGAGUGCGCAGUUCUUCAUACGCGAGGUCACCGAUGCAGAGGAUGAGACCCAGAAGCUCAAGAAGCCGUGGAAGGUGAGCUGGGAGAAGAGCCGAGCCUUUUGGCGCUACCCGAUACGGUAUGUCCAGGAUGUCAACAACCAGCCGAGUGAGGGUGUAAAGCAGGUCGGCUGGCUCUCCUGCAACGACAAUCCUCUGAGUACCGCCGAGGCCAUCACCUGUGACGUGGCUUACAUCGGCGACAUGCGAGUGCCGGACUCGGAGGGCUUCUGCUGUGGUUGCGACCUUGGCAAAGUGGUGUCUGGACAACCGACUCGGUCGUCGGCAGACUGUGGGCUUUUCACAAUGAGCGACAGUGCGCACUGCCUCAACUUCGACACUCUGUGGUAUUCUGUGUACGAGGUCGACCGCCCCCAGAUCUUCUACGACAUCACCAUCAGCAUUCUUCUGCCCUCGGAGUACAAACUCGGCGGGAAUGUCACCUACCGGGAAGCUUCGUUGUUUCUGAGUCAUCAUCAACCUGUGGCUACGGCCGAGGGAGGCGCUCUUCGUGCAGAGCUCGUGGGCGACCUGGCUGCUGCGGUGGCACCACACCGCUUUGAGUCCAAGUAUUUGGUGGUUCCGCAGCGUCCAGCAGGACACGAGCGUGUGAACCCCUCAGCGCCUCUGCAGAAUGCAAUGUUGCUGGACAGGUCUCUCUUCGAUCUUGCGGGCAGGACUUGCGACAAGAUCGGCGUUUCGUAUCCGGCAUUUAGGUACCAGCCCGAGAAGUGUGACCGCCCCUCUGGCAGCUGCCUGCACUCUCAGCUCGAAGACUUUCACGGGGAGGAUGAACAACGCCUGUCCUCUGGGCAGCAGCCGCACUACCGCCUGCAGGGGUACUGCGACGGGUCGAUGGAGCUAGCGCAGCAGAGCGGAAGCUCAGGUACUCAGGUCUUCUUGGCAUGCCCACUAGCUCAGAGGCAUACGACACUUCUCAGGCUUGAAGCUCGGGCAGACUCAGCCAUGUUUGUCACGAAUGUGGCCCCCGGGCGCAUUGCCGGCUUUACGGCGCCGGGCUUCGAAGCCCUGUCCGGCAGCGGCGAGGUCGAGCUGGUGGUGAUCAAUACUGGCCUUGUGUUGGCCGACUACACGAUUGGCUUGACCAACUGCACUGGAGGACUCGGGGCUGGGCCAGCACAGACUUUGAGCCUGACGCCCUUGGAGUCAGCCGAGCUAUCCAUUCGGCUGUUCGCAUCGGGUGAUGGCAGUGGGAACUUCCAAUGUGACGCCACCCUGUUCGAUGCUUUGGGCUCCGUCACGGACGCCGUCGUCGUGGAG